ACGACCUCACACUGACAUACACACAUACACACACAAGCCAAACCUGUACAUAAUUAGCGUCUGACUCUGCCAAGCCGGUUUGAGUGGUAUGAGAAUGUGUGACAUGCACGCGUGAAAGCAGCUUGGCUUGGACCGGUAGAGCGCGUUACUCUUCAGAAGACGACAGAGAAAGAGACAGACCAGCUUCGUGUUGGAACACGCAGUCUCUCGUCAGCUGAGCAGUGUGUAUAUACACACACACACGUGUGCUGCAGCUGAUGCUAGUAUGCAUGUGCAGGGAGCUGACACAUCAAGGAGGGCUCUUGUGACCGUGGUGGUGCUGCUACUGCUGGCCUCUGUCGCGGGUUUAAAGGAUGAGCCUCCAGGUUCCCUGCCCCAGGAGAAUGCCCCCUUGUCCAGCUAUAGUAACCCUGCAGGGUCCGAUCAUUCGACGGGCGACACCAUGUACAUCACCAUCGAGGAGAAUGACCCAGGGCCAUUCCCCAAAGUUCUCGAGACGAUCGGAGUGGAGGAGAGCGACCUCCUGCUGUGGCUGGAGGGGGCCGGGGCAGACCAACCCCCCAAAGACCUCUUCGUGCUGGACGGGCCGAGUGGUCACCUGAGUGUGACGGCUCCUCUUGACCGCGAGCAGCACGCAGGAUUCCAGCUACACUUGAGGGCCACAUCAAGCGAUGGGCAAAUUUCGCAUUCCCUCUGGAUCGCUGUCACCGUCACGGAUCAGAACGACAAUGCCCCUCGCUUCGUCUGGCAGGACAUCACGGCACACGUGUUGCUCAGCGCCGCCCCUGGGACGUUGGUGGCAGUGGUGCAGGCGGAGGACGCGGAUGACCAGGAGACGCUGUACGGGCAGGUGUCCCACACGCUCACGGCGCAGAGACCCGGCUCCCCCGCCGCGCGCAUCUUCACCGUCAACGACACCACGGGCGCCAUCCACACGCACCGCACGCUGCCCAAAACGGAUGACGGCGUGUUCGUGCUGGAGGUGACGGCUCGAGAUUGCGGAGGAGCGGCGUUUGGGCGGUCGGACAAAGCCAUCGUGACGGUCAUCAUUGCUGACAGCAUCAGCACCGCCGCCGACACCUUUAGCACAACCGCGUCUCAGCCGCGCGUACCUGAACCGGAAGAGGAUGAGUCCAUGGUGCUACUCGGCGUACAGGAGCCAAGUGACCUGAAGGCACUGGGCGGAGGGAUCGGAUGUCCAGUCUUCUCUCUGGACGCCAUCAACGUGGAGAUGCCCGAGGAGCUACCUCCAGGACAAAAACUACUCACCGUCCGCACGGCCGAGAAUAUUCGGAUCAAUGAGCUCAGGCUGGAGGGAGACCGCGCGGGCUGGCUCAGCGUGGACGCUGCGACGGGCGAGGUGGCGACGUGCGCAUCGCUGGACCGCGAGUCUCCCCACGUCAUCAACGACACCUACCUCGUCGCCAUCGUCGCCGUCACGCACGGUGCUUGCACGGCUUCGGUGGCGCUGCUGCUGCGGCUGGAGGAUGUGAAUGACCACGCCCCCCAGCCAUCUCCUCCGCUCCUGCUGCUCUGCCAGGUGCUCGCCUACGGCGACGCCACGCUGUCGGCCACGGACGCGGACGGCCCCAGCAACGGGGCGCCCUUCACCUUCCAUGUCCUCCCCACUAAUGCCCACAGUGGUGGCGAUGGCUGGACGGUCGCUCAGCCAAAUGGCUCCAUGGCCGUGCUGGUGCCCCGCGUGCCGCGACUCAGCCUGGGCGAGCGCUCGCUGCCCGUGUCCGUGUGCGACCGCCGCGGUCUCUGCCGCCGGACGAGCGUGUCCGUCGUCGUGCGCGCGUGCAACAACCCCGCCGCCGCCGCCGCCGCCGCCGCCUCCUCCUCCUCCGCCGUCGUUCUGCCCCUCGUGCUGGGCCUCUCAGCCAUCGUAGCCCUGGCGAUCGCCCUCGUGUGCUGUGCUCGCAUCAGAGCUCGAUCCAAGUCGACAGGGAUCUGACUUCUGCUGCAAGGACGCUCACAAUCGGCUUGGCUCGUCGCUCCUGCUCGCACUGUUACUCACAAUUACAUAAACCAGCAAUGGCCACAAUGCUCGGCAAAUCAUUGCCCCUUACUGUGAAAAGUUGGCAGGGCCCUCCUGAAAAAGAGCCAUAGCACUGACAAGUAAGUCAGUAAGGCUUUCCUGGGGACAAAAAAAACGAAUUUUUAUGUCACCAGGUAAGGGCCAGCGAGCUAUAUAUAGCUCUUUUCAGAAGCGACCUGGCCACAAAUGAUAGUUCAACAAAGUAGCCUACAUAUACCGCAACCGAAUACUCUAAACAAGUGUGAUCACACUCACCGAUACGCCAGGAGUGCCGCAGCGACGGUAUGUUAACUCCCUCGCCUGGUAUGCAGGAGGUCGUGGGUUCGAUCCUGACACUGACACCUGCUGUAUAUUUGGGGAUUGCAAGUUCUCCCCAUGGUCGUGUGGAUUUUCCUCCGGGCCCUCCGGUUUUUCCCUCCAAAUUUGCUAACAUGCUUUUAAAGUGUUUGGCUGCGAUGAAUGUCUACGUGAUAAGCCACUUCGUUGAGCUAUCAUUUGUGGCCAGGUCUCUUCUGAAAAAUAUCUAUAUAGCUCAGUGGGCCUUGCCUGGUAAAAUAAAACAUUGUCAAAAAAAAUCAAUGCUCACACAGCACUCGCAUUAACCAAUACUACCAUGAACAAAACACACAAACAUUAACCAAUGCUAACUCAUAUGAUAAACAUGACAGUAAUAUUAACCCAAAGUUACUUCCAUACACACCACUAACCACUGUCAUAAACCCCAAUGAGAAAAAAACGCAACACAUUCAUCAAUAACAAUGCCUGAGAAUGACAUGUAUAUAAGAGGUGACGUUUUGGGUAAUGGCCUUUCUUCAUAGCCCAUUGUGUACCACUACCAAUGCAGUAUCACCACGUGAUUUGUACAAUGAACAAAACACAGUAACCAAUACUAACGACCAUGGACACAACUAACCCUUACCAUAACGUUAACACUCGCAUGACAUAGAAAAUUCUCAAUUCACCUGUGCAAUUACAUUUCCCUUAACCCUAACCCUAAUGCAUUAACCUCAGCCAAACGAAACUUUGACUUUCACACAUUAACCGCUCACCAUCCUUCGCCCAUAAACACAACACUAUUGUUGACCCUCUCACACGGUAACGUAUCAGGAUGCAUUUUUGCACAUUGUUUAUAGUUUUCGGAUUGUUCAUCAUUAUUCAUCAUUAGCACAACAAGACAACACAUGCUCUGGAGGACAUGGGAGCGAUGCCUUCUGUAAGUGUUUUAGAAAUAACUACAUGAUUGGUAAAAAGAAACAAAAAUUAUCUGAGACCCGUCAACUUCUUGAAAUCAUUUUGGGACGGGACAAUGUGGUGAUGGGAGUUGAUCAGUUAGGCCUGGGGUUCGUGCACUGCACUAGAAACCGGGCUAUACCCGAGUUCAAUUCCUGGCCACUGCUAUCAGUGGGGGUGAUGUCUGAAUCAGCCCAGGGUGGACCCCCAUGAUCAUUCUGCAUGAACCAGCGUGAUGAAGUAUGGUCAUACCCUGCACGAGUGACACGGCGUGUGGAGGCCUUUGUCCAGCAGUGGACUGACAAUGCACAGUACAUUAUAUUUGUGUUAAUGUGUUGAUGAUAUUAAAUAAUCCUUGUCUUAAGUAACUCACUGUAUUCAAUGGUUGCUAAUAUUUGAGACUUUUAAAAAAAUAUAUUAGCACGGUUGGCUAAGUACGGUGAAAAAGAAGUUCAACAUACAUGCGUACGUUAUAACAAUUGAUAAGACUGACCAUAGCUCGUACCAAAAAUCAUUACGGUAGUACAAUCCUGAAGCAAGGAGUCAAUCAGGCAAUACUGUCUGAAACCCAAUAUAACUGUGAGGAACACACUUUUGAACCACGCAUGUGAAGGAUUGAGUGCUCGUUAUCGUUGCUAAACUGAAUGAAACCAAUCACUGUAUAGCAU